AUGAAUCCCAAACCUUUCUCCCGUCAGCCCUCGGCAUCUCGACAUAGCCCGUCUCGCCACCCACCACCUUCCCUCUUCCGCCUUUUUCUCAUCGCUCUCCGCCUCGCGCUCGCCCAGAAGUACGACAUCCUUGCCUGGCGCGCGGCUGCACUGGCAGUGCGCGAACUCGCAUUCCGGGCCCAACCGCUGAGUGUGGAGGAGGGGAAGAAAAUAGGUGUGGACACUGUGCUCGCGAUUGAGGCCGUAAAACACGAGGUGUUGGCGAAUAUGGCGCAGUAUAUGGACGAGGGGAAGGUUGGGGAGCUGGUCGCGCGGGAGGUUGCGCGGAUGAAGGACUGA